AUGGGGAAGGAAGAUGGGUAUUCAACCCAACAUACGAAUGUGGCUGAAAAGGGAAAAAACCUAAUUUGUGGAGGUGAAAAAGGAGCUUCCUUGUGUGAACUAAACAUGGAGGGGAUGUCUCCAGAUAGCUUGAACGAACGUGUUACAGGAGUUGCCACAUUUGCGAAAGAGGAUAACGUGCAUAAAGGUGCAGGAACUCCCACGUUAGUAGCCCAGCCAGAUGGAGACACAUUCGAAUUGACUUCACCUCUCCCUCUUAACGAAAGUGAUAAAGGAUCUACGACGAAAAAUGAAGGAAACAAAUCUGAGGAUGAGGUGGACAAUGAGGAGUACCUCUACGUAAGCGAACAUCUUAGAAUUAAAAAAGACAAACAGAUCAUUGUGAGUAACGCGUUGAAUGAUUACAUCAACGAACACCUGAACUUCUUCAGUUCAUGUGACAAGAAAUUUUUUAAAAAUGAAAAUGGAGAGGCAGAGCGGUUUAUGGAAAUUGGACUAAACCUAAAGUACUUGAGGUAUAGGGAUAGAAUGAAGAGGAAGAAAAGGCGGCUCGUCACCAAAGGGUGUGAACCUUCCACUGCAGCUACUUCCAGUAUGGAUGCUACUACGGGGGAAAGACCCCCCCACGGUAACCCCCCUUCAUCCGACAGUAGCAGCCUCUUUUCCAAUUCUUCUUCGGAAGAGGACCCCACCGGCAACAGCCCCUGCACGUCGGACGAAGACAUACUUGAGAAGCUGCAUUUCGAUAAAGAAUCCCUACAUACAAUGAAAAAGUUAGAACGAUCCAAGAACGUCUAUUUUAAAUACCUUACCGAUCUGUGUCUGAAGUACGACAUGAUGAAUCGCUUCACUCUUCCCUACUUCGAGCGAGUGAAAAGAGCCAUUAGGAAAUCGGCCUCCGUAUGUAAAUGGAUAAAUGAAAGAUCUGAUGCACCCAUAGAGGCAAUGCAAAUUUUUCUAGAGAAUGAGGAAAAUGCCAAGAGGAUUGAAUUAAGUCAGAAGAGGUUACGAUCGGAUGUGGUUAACUCCAUGUUCGGUUUUCAUAUCAUCAGUGACACGCAUCCGAUGAAGGUUCCCAUUAAGGGGGUGAAUCGGUUGGGUGGGGGGGAAACCAGUUCGGGCGUCACCACGUCUACUAGCAAUCCAUAUACAUACAAAUCUUUGCAGAGCACUAAACGGGUGGUGACAACAAAGCAAAGUGGGGAUGCCUUGAAUAGGGAAGAGGGAACCAAGCGCAGGAGACGACAAGGUGUGACGAAGGUAAAUCCUCAGAAGAAUAUAACCAACCUGGGUCAGAAGAACUACCUGAAUGAUUACAUAAAGAAGGUACAGAGGAAUUCAAAACUGCACAACAAAGUGGGGACCAUCAAGGAGUACAUUCUACUGUCCAACUGGAACGACCUCAGGAGACACCACCACACCGUGAAGGCCAUGUCGGACCAACGAAGGAGUAACGCCAAGAUGCUUGCCAACGAAUGUUACGAUCAAAUGAAGUUAAUAGAGAAGAAGAGGAAAAUAAUUCUCGAGAGAGAAGAAAAGGAACGUCUGAGAUUGCUUAAGGAGAACGAUAUGGAUGCCUAUAUGAAUUUACUAAAAAAUACAAAAAACAAACGGCUGCAGGAGUUGCUAGAUGUAACUGAAGAAUUUUUAGCUAACAUGUCUUCCUGUGUAUUGCGCCAAAAGGACAGUGCAUUAGAUGUAGUGUCUACAGGUGAACCCUCAUCAAUGGGUUCUAAUAAAAUGGAUUCUACUUACCAUUCGAAGAGUGCAAACAUUGCUAUGAAGUCGUCUAAUUAUAAGGAUGCGAGGGAGAAGUACCUUCUUGUGUCCCACUCGGUUAGAGAGAAAGUGGUGCAGCCGUCUAUCCUAACCGGAGGGACCUUAAUGAAGUACCAACUGGAGGGGUUAGAAUGGCUCAUUUCUCUGUAUAACAAUAAUUUGCAUGGCAUUUUGGCAGAUGAGAUGGGUCUGGGGAAGACCAUUCAAACGAUCAGUCUGUUUGCCUACCUGAAGGAGUUUAAGUGGGGAGGAGCAUCCGUUGGGAAGAGUGAACUUGGUGGUGCUGCAAACCGAAAACCGAAGAAUCUGAUCAUAGUUCCCUUGUCGACAUUACCAAACUGGAUGAGCGAAUUCGAAGCGUGGUGUCCCUCCCUGAAGGUCAUCACUUAUAAGGGAAACAAGUGUGAGAGGAAAGGACUAGCAAAACAGUUGCUCGAAUGUGAGUACGAUAUAUGCCUAACUACCUUCGACUUUGCCAUUAAGGAAAAGGCACUACUCAUAAAAAUUUUUUGGACCUACAUAGUGGUAGAUGAAGGACACAGAAUGAAGAAUAGCAAGUCAAAGUUUCACAUUUUUUUGCGCGAUUUUAAGAGCAAGCAUAGGGUUCUAUUGACUGGAACACCUCUACAGAACAAUCUGUCUGAGUUGUGGUCUCUUCUGAACUUUCUCUUGCCAAAAAUUUUCUCUUCCUGUGAAGAUUUCGAGAGGUGGUUCAUACGACCAUUAAACAGUGAUAAGGAUAUACAAGACGUGGUCAUAACAGAGGAGGAGCAGCUCCUAAUUAUAAAUAGACUACAUAGCGUCCUCCUCCCAUUCAUGCUAAGGAGAGUGAAGAAAGACGUCUUGAAGUCACUACCCAAAAAGUACGAAUAUAACGUGCAUGUAGAUCUGUCCCUGUAUCAGAAGAUGCUUUACAGGCAAAUUGAGCUGAAGGGGUUCACGCAAAUUAACAGAAAUGGUUCCAUUAGUAACAAGUCUUGCCAAAACAUGGUGAUGCAACUGAGGAAGGUCGUAAACCAUCCGUACCUGUUCCUUCAGGAGUACGAUAUCGAUGAGUACCUAAUAAAGUGCAGUGGGAAAUUUGAGGUCCUGGAUAGGAUGCUACCGAAGCUGCUAAAGUUCCGUCACAAGGUUUUGAUUUUCUCCCAAAUGACAAAGUUAAUGGAUAUCCUCUGCGAUUAUUUGGACUAUCGUGGGUACAGGUUUCAUCGCCUGGAUGGAAACAUCGGUCUGCAGGAAAGGAGGAAGAUCAUCGAGGAGUUCAACCGGGGGGGCACCCACGACAAUCACGACGAUCACAACAAUCACUACGAUGAUGACGUGGAUGGAAGUUUGCCUUUCGACGCCAUUAGCGAAGUGGGUGCAGACCCUGCACAUUGUACGGAGGGCAACCCCCCGGAUGAGCCAAACGGGGGGCACGAGGAAACCAUGAUUUUCAUGCUGUCCACUCGGUCGGGGAGUCUAGGUCUGAACCUCCAAACAGCAGACACCGUGAUCAUUUUCGACAGCGACUUCAACCCCCACCAGGACAUACAAGCCAUGUGUAGGUGUCACCGAAUUGGACAAAAGAACGUCGUAAAAGUCUUCCGAUUUAUUACCCUCUCUGGAGUAGAAGAACUCAUCUUCCAAAGAGCGCAAGACAAAUUAACGAUCAACGAUAAGGUCAUACAGGCAGGUCUAUUUAAUAAGAUAUACAGUGAUGAAGACAGAAAGAACAAGCUCAAGAAUAUUUUCCAAAGGAGUCAGAAGGGACAAGUGACCAUACAAUCGACAAACCCGUUGUCACUUAACUACUACAUGCAGAGGUCCGACGUGGAGCUGAAAUAUUUCCUUCGAUUCGAUGAGAGAUACUUCGGUGCGGAGUUCUACACGCAUCUGGAGCGUCUCAAGCGGGAGAAGCCCGACGAGGAGCAGGUCACCUAUAUGAGUGAGGACGAGGGGGACGUGAACGACAAACUGGAAGGAGACCAAAUGGAGGGUGACCAAGUGGAGGGUGAUCAAAUGGAGGGUGACCAAGUGGAAGGUGACCAAGUGGAAGGUGACCAAGUGGAAGGUGGAAAAGUGCCUCCCAAUGAACCACCCACAGGAGAAGCCCCCUCCUGGGCGGAAGAACGCAGCUCCAUUCUGAAGGAGGAAUACCAAAACGAAAUCGAGAAAAUUUUAAUAAAAAGCAAAAAGCUUGUAAACAAGGACGAACUUCCUUCCUAUUUGUUUUACGAUGAGACGGAUGAUGGGGUCGAGAUGGAGUUCAAGAGGAAGCGCAAGCAAAUUAAUGUCCACCUCAUGGAGGAGGAAAAUCUCUCCAACGUGGAGUUUCUACAGAUGAUUGAUUCAGGGGUGGAAGGGGAAGAUGAAGCGGUGCACAACGACGCGGUGCAAGAAGAGGAGAUAAUUGAAGAGGCGAAGGGUGAAGACGCAGGGAAUGACCCGCCAAAUGAUGAGGAUUUGCCAAACGCACGAACCCCCCUGGGUGCGCAAACCAGCGAAUCACCACACAGAAAAAGCAGCCCCUACAACUUCAGACGCUCGGGCACCACGGAGCGGACCUACAGCACCAGAAAUGGGCGGACUGGCGAGGGCAGCAGCGUCUCUCCACAGAGGGGCAAAAGGAAAUCGAGCAGCCCGGGUGAGGUGCAUCCAAAUCAGGACAAAAAAAAGAGGAAAAGUAGGGGGUAG